ACGUUCUCCCAAUGUCACCUUGAAUUGGGUAACACACCAGAAUGGUCCGUGCACAUGACGUAUCUGCAACGGACCAAGACCUCAUUCACUACCCUCAAUAGGCAGCUGUACAGCAAAACUGCUAGGCAGUGGGUAUUGGCGACGAAAUACAUAAGAUGCACAACCGUUUGGAGAGAACAAUCCGAGCACAUUCUACUCCAGAGGCGACUUGUAAGCAUCGUCAACAUUUCUUUCCCAGCAAGCAACACUGAAAAAGUAUCACGAAUCACCAUGGCACAAGGUUUCAAGUUAAAGCAGGAAUCCAGGAAUACGAAGGACAAACUGAUACUGGAAGACAAAUUCUUCGGGAUAUUCGAGGACUAUCUCGGAUCUUCCACGUCCCAAUCUGCAUUGGUUGUCGCACGACAUAUUGACGACGCAGUUCCUGAUGCUGGAAAAGACGAAGUUGACCAGUUUGUCUGGAACACAUGGGGUCAAUUGUUCCAAGUAGCGCAGCAGGUCCAACACGAUGAUCUUGCCCAAGAUAAGCUUGUGAAGGUUGUCCGAGAGCUUAUGCUCUUGCCAUCCGGCGGAACGGCAGGGGCCUGGCGAGACUUGCCGCAACUCGGCUGGGUGAUAAGAGACUGGUUCAACUUCGCGCCUUCGGCGCAGCAUGCCGGCUCGGAGCACGCAGACGAGAUCCUGAACGCCUGGGUUAAUGUGAAUGCUUUCUGGGCGAGGCUAGGGGGAACUGGCGUGAUCCCUGUGAGGGAUUUUGCGAUUUGGUCCUUACGGCAGUCUCUCGAAGAUGAAGAGGAGGUGAAAGGCAAGGUCUUGGACAAUCGCCUCUUGACCGCUGCUCAGUACGUCGAAUAUGACGGCCAUAUCCUGCAUAAGCUCCUCGUUCUUGGCUGGGAACCUAGCGAUGCAGAAGCACAGAUGUUCAAGGGCGGUUCUCUUUUUGACGGCCAGCCGGGCUUGAGCAACAAGAGAUGGUCAUUUUGGGCAUCAAGGUUCGAGGAACUGGCGAAGAAAGCGUCAACAGAAGAGGCCAGUACGGCAGCUGCACGCGCCUCAAGGUUGUUGCAAGUAUGGUACGAGAGAGAGAAGAGAGCCGAUUCAUAGAAGGUAUUGGCGGUGGGACAAGUAACAGUCGGAGCCCUCUAAGCUCUUCACCAAUUCGGACGGUCUGGUCGGGAUUAGAACGCAGAGGUCUAUGUUCAUUUGGCAUAAAAUCGAGAGUCCGGAAAAAUUCCUUGUGCCCACACGCAACGGGAGGAAGCGAUAUACAAUGCAUCGAAUCACCGAAAAAAGAAAAAAAAAAAAAAAAAAAAA